AUGCUCGCGCAUCCAGCUGCUCGAACAGCGCGCAUACACCUGCUCAGUCCCCAUCGACGCACCAUCUAUCGCAAGGCGAUGCCUGCCGCUUCCUCCUCGCGCCCUCCUAAAAAGGGCCCGUCCCUCAGCGCAAGCUUGGUACUACUCGCACCGCUGCCAACACCCGCACCAGACGGACACGACUACCGCGUCCUCCUGCUCAAGCGGCACGCCCAAAGUCGCACCUAUGACAGCGCGCAUGUGAUGCCAGGCGGAAACAUCGACUCCAUCGACCUCGACUCGGCAGCCUGGGCGUCCAUCUUCCCCUCCGCCUCAAACGCCUCGCCUCCGUCCACUUCCAGCCUCACCGCAGACAAAUUACUCGCUCUCCGGCUCUGCGCGAUCCGCGAAACCUUUGAGGAAUCCGGCUUGCUCCUCCUCAAGCAGCAAGGUUCUUCGUUCAAUUCACCCCAGUCGAGGUGGGAUCGGCUGGACCCGGAGGAAAAGACGAGGUGGCGCGAAGCGGUACACGAGGAUGGAAAGGACUUCAUUCAGAUGCUGCGCAGGCUAGGCGGGACGCUAGAACUGGGCGCCGAGGCCAAACCAGCCGUCGACAGCCUCACGCACUGGUCGAAUUGGGUCACCCCCGUCAUCCUUCCCCGCCGGUUCGACACGCACUUCUUCAUCUCCGUACUGCCGUUACCUGAGUCAUCCGGCAGCGGCGUCGACACCUCUGCCGCGACUACUGCUGUGCACGACUCGCUCGUCUCGAGCGAUGGUGUCGAGACGACUUCGGCGGACUGGCUCACCCCGCUCGAGGCCAUCAGGCGUGCCAUUGCCCACCCGGCCCGACGAGCUGAAAGUGCCUCGCCGCAACCCCCAUCCGACAUUGAGCCUAUCCUCCUCCACCCGCCGCAAUUCAACCUCCUCGCCGAACUCGCUCACAACCACCGCACUCUCGCUUCGCUCCUCCACCCUUCCGCCUCUUCCGCAAUGCCUCUCGUCCGACCACGUCGAGUCGUCCCUCUUACGCCACAAAUCGCGAAUGUCACAGACGAUCAGGGGAGAGAGCGGAAGGCAACGGUCCUUCCAGGAGACGAGGAGUAUCAGUACGAUGAUGAGGCGGUCGAUCCGGCACCGGGAGUGGAUCGAGUGGGCAAGCGGAAUCGGACGUAUGUCAUGCCGCCGAGGAAGGGUCAGCAGGGACUGGUCGUCGAGGGCUGCAUCCGGCGAGGUAUGGUCGAGGUGCUCGGAGAAGGCUGGGAGGACAUGUGGGCGGGGGAAGCGGGGCGAGCAGGAGAAGCCGCGAAGCUGUAG